AUGUAUGCAUUGCGUACUAGUGCUGAGGGUGCCUGUUACCUGUGUGUGCCACCUAACUCAGGUAUAGAGUCUGCUGCUCUAGGUGUUGGUGAGGCUGCUGCUCUAGGUGCUGGUGCGUCUCCCGCUCCAGGUGCCGGCAAGGCUGCUGCUAUAGGCGCUAGUAAGUCUACUGCUCCAGGUGCUGGUGAGUCUGCUUUCUCUGGUAUUGCGCCUGCUGCGGCCUUGCACACCUUCACGCUUCACUCAGGAGCUUCUCGCUCCUUCUUUCGCAACUGCACCACAAUCACGCCACUCAGUCGGCCGAUCUCAGUCUCUCUGGCUGACCCCUCUAGGGGUCCGGUCCUUGCACACUCCUCCACGGUUCUUCCAUGUCCGGCGGUCCCGUCUGGCUCUCUAUCUGGCCUCCACCUCCCCUCGUUCUCCACAAACUUGGUAGCUGUGUUGGGUAAGGUGUUUGCUGCGGCGUCCCGGUCUGGUCCUGAGUCUGCCCCCUGCUCGUGUCUCACCAGACUCUCCUCUGGCACCACCGCCUUGGUCACCCCUCCCUGCCUCGUCUUCCAGGCAUGGCCUCCCGUGUCCUUGUCACUGGUCUUCCCAGGUCUCUCCCUCCCCUUCCCCCGGGGCCUGCCCCUACCUGCGUUCCUUGCGUCGAGGGGCGGCAACGCGCCGCUCCUCACUCCUCCGAGUUCUCUCCGAUGA